UUUAAUUGCAUUUCGUUAACGAAUAACGAUAUAUCAUUAAAAAAAAAAGCGGUAAAAGCGGAAAGAUCUGAAACUGUCACCGGAAACCACCGUUCUCGCCAGUGUUCCGUCCAAUCUCCACCCAAUUUGAUAUGCAAAUCGGGAUAAAAUAACCAAAAAGCGGUCCCGAAAGGGAUUUAUUGGAUCCAAUAAUGGCUUCAGAAUCUGGCUCAAUUUCACAGUCUCCUACUGAAGUCAACGAUGCUAGAACUUCUGCAUCCACCGUCUCUGAGCAGACUAAUAGUUCUGCAGUUGAGCCCUCUUCUGUGGAAUCUACACCUUUUGUAUCAUCGCCGGAUGCAGUUCCUAAUCUUCCCAAACCUACAGUGCCACCACCAAACAGUUCACAAUCUGGAAAUACUGGAAAAUGGGGAAUUGCACGAAUUGCCAGCGGGUUUGGUUUAAAUUUGACUAAAGAAAAAAACAAUGCUGGUGGUGUAUCAACAAAUUCUCCAUCAACCGUUUUUCAGUCUGUUGGAAAGGGCUUAGUAGACACAUCUUUGGGUGCAAUGAAGGCAGUGCAAGUUCGGGCACGCCAUAUGGUCUCCCAAAAUAAACGAAGAUACCAGGAGGGUGGGUUUGACUUGGAUUUGACUUAUAUUACUGAUAAUAUAAUUGCAAUGGGUUUUCCUGCUGGUGACAUGAGUUCUGGGCUUUUCGGAUAUUUUGAGGGAUUCUACAGAAAUCAUAUGGAAGAAGUAAUCAAAUUUUUUGAAACUCAUCAUAAGGAUAGAUACAAAGUAUAUAAUCUUUGUUCAGAAAGAUUAUAUGAUGCUUCACUUUUUGCAGGAAAGGUUGCGUGUUUCCCAUUCAAUGACCACAAUUGUCCCCCAAUUCACCUAAUACCAUCAUUCUGUCAAAGUGCUUAUUCAUGGUUAAAGGAGGAUAUCCAAAAUGUCGUGGUUGUUCAUUGCAAAGCUGGUAAAGCAAGGACGGGUUUGAUGAUUUGUAGCUUUCUUUUGUUUUUAAAGUUUUUCCCAACAGCACAGGAGUGUAUCGAUUACUAUAAUCAAAGAAGAUGUGUAGAUGGGAAGGGAUUGAUACUUCCGAGCCAGAUUCGGUAUGUAAAAUACUUUGAGCGCAUCUUGGCAGAUUUCAAUGGUGAAAGUCCACCUGGCAGAAGGUGCAUGCUAAGGGGAUUCCGGCUACAUGAAUGCCCUUAUUGGGUCAGACCUUCAAUUACCGUCUCUGAUCAUAAUGGAAUCUUAUUUACAACAAAGAAGCAUCCAAAGACGAAGAAUCUUAUGCCUGAAGAUUUUUGGAUUCGAGCACCGAAAAAAGGGAUUGUGAUUUUUGCUCUUCCUGGGGAGCAUGGUCUGACAGAGUUAACAGGGGAUUUUAAGAUCCAAUUUCAUGAUCGCCAAGGAGAUUUCUACUGUUGGCUGAAUACAAAAAUGGUGGAAAACAGGGUUAUGUUAACCGGUUCUGAUUUCGAUGAUUUUGACAAGAGAAAAUUACCCGUUCCAGGAUUCAAAGUUGAAAUAGUGAUGAUUGAUUAUGAUGGUACGAUUCCCAAAAAGUACAAAGCUAAUGAAAAUCCUAGUAUAAGUUCCAAUGAUUCUUCACCGUCAUACAAGGAUCCUGCCAACUCCAAUCAAAACAAAACAUCUGGAGACCAAGAAAAUGACGAUGUAUUCUCCGACAGUGAUGAUGAACACAAAGCUGCUUCUAACAAGAGUUCACUUAACGUGACCUCUGGACCAGGGCCUGCACAGCCAUUAGAGUCCGGAAAAAUAGAGGCCGAAGUAACAACUUUAAGGAAAAACACCCAGCAACUUUCCUUAAACACCAGCCAACAGUCCACCUCAAAUGUUCAAAGUUCAAAGAAUAUACAAAAUGAACAAGUUGAGAGAUCAAUUCCUAAUCUGAAUUCUGGUGAUAUUAAGGCCAUUGCUGCUGAUGCUUCUGUUUUCUCAUUUGGAGAUGAUGAAGACGAGGAAAGCGAGUAACCUUUAAUGAGAAGUACGAGUGUAGCCUUAACAUUUUCAUUUGUUUGUUUGAACCUUUUCCUUGGAGUCGACCUCAGUUUUUCUUAAGGAUUCAACGUUGGAUUCUGUUCAUAUAUAUGUUAGAAGUUUUGGGAGUGAUGUAGAUUUAUUUGAUAUACUACAAUUGAUUAUAAGAAUAGUGUUAAACGCAUUACAAACCUUUUUAUA